CCGGCCACAGAGCCGCCGCCGCCGCCGUAGAGCCCCCCGGCCGCCUCCGUCCCCUCCUCGGGCGCCGCGGGCCCGGCCCGGCCCCCCGCCAUCCCGCCCCUCCGACCCAGCAGCGGGACAGGACGCCGGCGAAGUUCCCCACGAUGUCCAGUGAUAGGCAGAGGUCAGACGAUGAAAGUCCAAGUACCAGCAGCGGUAGUUCAGAUGCCGAUCAGAGGGAUCCGCCUGCACCUGAACCUGAAGAGCAAGAAGAACGAAAACCCUCUGCCACCCAGCAGAAGAAGAACACCAAACUAUCCAGCAAAACUACUGCUAAGCUAUCUACUAGUGCAAAAAGAAUCCAGAAGGAGCUAGCUGAAAUAACCCUUGAUCCUCCUCCUAACUGCAGUGCCGGUCCUAAAGGAGAUAACAUUUAUGAAUGGAGAUCUACUAUACUUGGACCUCCAGGUUCUGUAUAUGAAGGAGGUGUUUUCUUCUUGGAUAUCACAUUUUCAUCUGACUAUCCAUUCAAGCCACCAAAGGUUACUUUCCGCACCAGAAUUUAUCACUGCAACAUCAACAGUCAGGGAGUCAUCUGUCUGGAUAUCCUGAAAGACAACUGGAGCCCUGCUUUGACUAUUUCAAAGGUUCUGCUGUCUAUUUGUUCUCUUCUGACAGACUGCAACCCAGCUGACCCUCUGGUUGGAAGCAUAGCCACUCAAUACCUGACCAACAGAGCAGAACAUGACAGGAUAGCCAGACAGUGGACCAAGAGAUAUGCAACAUAAAUGACAAACUACUUGUGCAGUGUGAAGGUGCAGAAGGCAGCUUUGCAGUGUGCAACAAAUCUUUAUAGCCUUUACAAUACGGACUUCUGUGUAUAUGUUAUACUGAUUCUACUCUGCUUUUAUCCUUUUGAAGACUGGGAUACUGCCCCCCAAAAAGGUAAAUGCUAUCAAGAGUAGAAGUUUGUAGCUGUAGAUUAGUUAUGUUUAAAAUGCCUACUUGCAAGUCUUGCUUCUUUGGGAUAUCAAAAUGUAUUUUGUGAUGUACUAAGGAUACUGUUCCUGAAGUCAACCAAAUAUUAUAGUGCAUUUUAGCCUAAUUCAUUAUCUGUAUGAGGUUAUUAAAGGUAGCUGUAGAUUACUAGGAAUUAUGUCAUUUGUAUUAAACCCAGAUCUAUUUCCAAUAUGUGGUACAUGCUGUUGUGAAAACUGUUUUAACUUUUACCUUUGUCAGUUUGUAAUGAAAGGAUUUCCUUUUUCCCUUUGUAGCUCAGAGAGCACCCAGUGUAUCAUCUCAAACACAAUAAACAUGUUCCCCAAGGAGUAGUUUCUUUGUUUUCCUGUUUUAAAUUAAUAUUUUAAUAAAUUUAAUUAUAGUAACAAGGCAAGGCCAAUGUAUCACAGAUCCCUGUGGAUAAUUUUUAAAUUAAUAUACAUGAGCAAAGGCUUGCUAUUAAAUGUUUAAUGCACACCUGUGGAUUGUUUAAGUUUUCCCUGCUUUGUUUUUAACAGAACAAGUAAAAUUUCUAAAAUUUUCUGAAAUGGAAUACUUUUCAGCUUUUUCUCAAGUUGAAAUGAUCACAUUUCAUAUGCUUACUCCAGAAGUUAACAUAGCUGGUUGCUUCAGGGCCAGUCCUGCUGUCAGAACAGGCUGCCUCUAUCUUGCUACAAAGGGUUUUUUGCAAGAGGAAGGCCAAGUUAGAGAUAGUCUGGUGCUUUUGUUUCUGAGUAAAGCAAGUUGGACUUGCUGACCUAGAGAACUGAGUUAUCCAUUGAAAAAGGUCUUCCAAAGCAUGAUUGAACACUGUAUCAUCUACCAAAAAAAAAGAGAGGAGUACGAUAAAUUUAAUCAGAUUUAUAUGACACAAAAACAGUUGUGGGGAAAAUAACCUUUCUUAGUAAAAAUGAAAUCUAUAAAAGUGUUUUAGACUACCUUUUCCCCCUUCACAUUCUGCCUUGGAAAUUUUGUAACAUCUGUAAGUACAAAAAUACAGCUUUAUAAGUACAUACAGUUUAAAAGGUAGAGUCGCUAAUAGUUUUAUAAUUUAAGCUUUUAUAGUUUGCCAGUCACAAUAUUGAUUAUAAAAAAAUACACUUGAUUCCUUUAAAUGAUUUUUUAAAUUACACUUAAUUUUAAAUUUUGCAUUCUCCCUUACUACCUGGUAUUUUCAGAGAUAACGUAGUACUUCCUUCAGUAAGAUGCUCUGCUCAUUUAAUAUAUGAAAAUGGAAUGUUAAGUUUAAAUAUUUAAGCAAUA